AGUCAGAUGAACGCCUACUCGGGUUUUACAUGACAAUUAGCUGUAACCGCCUGUGAAUUAAAUAUCUAUAAAAAAUGUAGUCAAUGAGCUAGUGGCAGAGUGUAUAUGUAUACAUGAGCGAAAAGGAGUUGUAUAUGCAGUGUGAAAACUGAUCUAUUCUCGUUCAUUCAUAACAUAUGUAAGAAUUAACCAUGGCAACAAAAAAAGUUUUCGUUACUGUUGGAACAACCAAGUUUGAUGAACUAAUAAACACAGUAACAACUCCAGAGGUAUUGAAGGCACUGAGUAAUCGGGGGUACAACCACCUGAUUCUUCAAAUUGGAAACAGUUCAUUGAAGCCUGACAGUUCUCCAAGGGAUGGCUUUCAGCAGAUAGAAUAUUUCAAUCUCAGCCCAUCCAUAGGAGAACAAAUGUCAUCUGCUGAUCUUGUAAUAAGUCACGCAGGGGCUGGCAGUUGUCUAGAGGCACUCGAAGCACGAAAGCCUUUGGUUGUAGUCACUAAUGAACUUUUGAUGGAUAAUCAUCAGUUGGAGCUUGCGGAGCAGCUUUUCCAUGAUGGAUAUUUGUACUACUGUAAUUGUAGUACAUUAUCGAAUCUCAUUGAAGAUAUGGACUUAACUAAACUAAAAUUAUUCACAGGUGACAGAAGCCAUAAAAUUGUCGAGUUUAUUGACCGGGUUAUGGGAUUUUAGAAAGUAAUGAAUUCAAAUUGAGGAAUUGAUUAUGUGAAUUAAGAUCAGAUUGAAGCAUCAACUUUGUAAAAUUAGCAUACUGGUUUUGGGAGGAGAUUUAUGAGGCUGCAUCUUUUACCCAAUAAUGUGAUGUGAUGUGAUGUUAUUGAUCAGGUUUAGUGUAGAUGUGGGUGAAGUGAGAG